AUGUCCCCCUCUUCCCGAUCGUCGGCAGACAGCCGGUACGCCUCUGUCUCUGCCUCUGCCUCUGCCUCUGCCUCUGCCACUGCGUCUGCCUCGGCAUCCCAGGCCGGCCCUUCGAUGGCCAACCUCUCCCAAACACCCGCCACCAACAGCGGCGGAAAUGCUGCCUGGUACGAUGGCAUGCUCAACCGCCUCGCCUCCCAGCCCCAUUGGCCGCCCGACAAGGAGAGCGCCGUCCUGGAACCCUACUCGUACCUCGACGCAAAGCCGGGCAAGGAGGUCCGCUCCGAGCUCAUAGAGGCCUUCAACGUUUGGCUCCAGGUACCCAACGACAAGCUCGCCGUCAUCCGCAGCGUCGUACGCAUGCUCCACACCGCCAGCCUGCUCAUGGACGACGUCGAGGACAACUCCGACCUCCGCCGCGGCAUCCCCGUCGCCCACAAAAUCUACGGCGUGCCCCAGACCAUCAACACGGCAAACUACGUCUACUUCCUCGCCUUUUCCGAAAUCUUCCAGAUGACCACCGCCGGAUUCCACCCGGGCGCGCCACCCACGGCAUCGCCCUCGUCCAUCGAGCGGCUGGUCGUCGACGAGCUCAUCAACCUCCACCGCGGCCAGGGCAUGGACCUUCUCUGGAGGGACAGCCUCAUCUGCCCCACCGAGGAAGAGUACGUCGAGAUGGUCAACAACAAGACCGGCGGCCUCUUCCGCAUCGCCAUCAAGCUCAUGAUCUCCCAGAGCCCCACCUUUUCCCGCAUCCUCUCGCCCUCGGCGUCCGGUUCGACCGACGCCGACGUGCCCGACCUGCUCCCGCUCGUCAACCUCAUCGGCCUGCUCUUCCAGAUCCGAGACGACUUUAUGAACUUGCAAAGCUCCAAAUACGCGGAGAACAAGGGCUUCUGCGAGGAUCUGACCGAGGGCAAGUUUUCCUUUCCCAUCAUCCACUCGAUUCGCGCCAGCGCCGGUGUCAAUGCGGCAGCCAGCACGUCGACGACGGCAGCGGGCACGAGGGCUCCCGUGCACGUGCAAGGCCCGUUGGAUCCACAUGGCGCGGUGCAGUCGGGCCCGUCGACUUCGGUCACCCUCGAUGCUGGGUCAACGACGCCGCCGAUCCGCGCGACAGCGCCUGCCGCCCCCGUGUCUUCGUCGGGGCAAGCGACAUCACCGGCAUCGGCACCGUUCGGGCAGGGCAACCGCCAGAUCCUCAACGUGCUCAAGCAGAGGCCGACCGACCUGGCCACCAAGCAGUACGCCGUGUCCUACAUGCGCAACGUGACCAACUCGUUUGACUACACGCGCGAGGUGCUCAAGAAGCUCGACGUGCAGGCGCGGCAGGAGGUCGCCAGGAUCGAAAACGCCAUGCAGGACCAAACAGGCGGUGGCAGGAACCCACGCCUCGUCGCCAUCCUCGAGGCGCUCCGAGGCGGCUGGUACGAUGUAGCAGCAGACGACUGA